AUGGAGGCGGCUCAAUUGCGACUACGGGAGAUUCAACAGAACGUGUCACAGCAAGUCAUGCACUAUAUGGUGCCGAGCGUCUGGAUUCCGCUCCAAGCUGUGCCCGUCAAUCCCUCUGGAAAAACAGAUCGGCUUGCGCUUACUCGUUGGGUGCAAUCUCUGUCACAAGAUGAAAUUGCUGCCGUGACUAGAAGCGAGUCCGAGGACGCGAACUAUGUGCCCGCCACGGACGUUGAGCGACAACUGCGGCAAAUCUGGAGCGAAGUGCUCGGUGUAAGCCUUGGCGAAAUAACACAAUCGACAAACUUCUUUAGCCUUGGUGGCGACUCGAUUACAGCCAUGCAAAUCGUCUCGGCUAGCCGCUCCCGCGGCAUUCUUCUCACUGUUCGGAAAAUCCUCGAAAGCCAGACGAUACCCCAGCUCGCUUCCCAAGCCGAAGUUGAGACAACCGAGGACGUUGAUCAGGCAGCACGGAUACCUGACGAGGCUUUCGCACUAUCGCCAAUUCAACAACUUUACUUUGACGAUAUAUCAGCUAACGGGCUUCGCGCUGACGAUGAGCACCGAUACAAUCAAAGCGUCGUACUCCGUCCUACGCGUCGAUUAGAAGUAGCAGAGUUGGCCCAGGCGCUAGAUGUAGCUGUCGGGAAGCACGCUAUGCUCCGCGCCCGCUUCCGGCGUACCGAGCAUGGUUGGGAGCAGUGGAUCGAGAAAGAGCUUGCUGGAUCAUACCGCCUUCAUGCCCAUACAACUGCUGACACGCGGUCUAUACAACGCACUAUUGCCCGCUCCCAGGCUACGCUUGAUCUUGAGCACGGCCCAGUAUUCACUGCCGAUUUGAUUGAAGGGCAAGACAGCAACAAACAAGUCCUCCAUCUGGCCGCCCAUCAUCUCGUCAUAGACCUCGUGUCUUGGCGUAUCCUUGUUCGAGACAUUGAGGAACUUCUUACAAAUCACAAACUACCAAACCCACGUAGCUUAUCGUUCCCUGUCUGGCUAGAGAGGCAGCGCACCUCACUUGGCAAUGCGCAGAUCUCGCCGAUGGACUCUUUGCCAGUUACUAUCCCGGCGGCGAACUGGGAGUAUUGGGGCCUCACUCUUGGGCAAGCUACCUGGGAUAGUGUCUCUAGCAUCCGUGCUGAGUGCGACUCUCACACAACGUCGCUUCUGUUUGGCAGCGCCAAUGCCGCCCUCAAGACCGAGCCAGUUGAGAUUCUGCUCGCUGCGCUGUUCCUUUCCUUCAAAAAGUCCUUCAAUGACCGAUCUGUACCAGCUGUUUUUACUGAGGGACACGGUCGUGAAGCUAGCGACGAAACCGACUUGUCAGAUACAGUUGGUUGGUUCACCACAAUGACUCCGAUCCACGUACCAAUAGAGACCGAUACUCGCAGCGCUGUUGAUGUCCUCAGACAAGUAAAAGAUCAGCGUCGACGAAUCCCUGGACGCGGUGCACCCUAUUUUGGCAACCGUUUUCUAUCCGCUUCUGGACGCGAAGUUUUUGCGCAUCACAGCCCAGCCGAAAUCAUUUUCAAUUACACUGGGCGUUUUCAGCAGGCGGAGCGUGAGAAUGCACUUUUCCAUCUUGUUGAUGAUGAUGAUGAUGAUCAAGACGAGGGCACUGCAUCAGAGGUUGGUGGUCUUGUCAGGAUCCUUGCUGCGCUUGACGUGUCCGUGACAGUCGAAGCAGACAUUUUACAAGUCAACGUCCGCUUCAGUCGCCAAGCACGGCACCAGGAAGCGAUCCAGCAGUGGAUUACAGCCUACGUCAACACUGUGAGCAGCCUCGUUCAAGAUCUAACAACGACGGCCCCAGUAGCCACAGCUACCGACUUUCAGCUCAUGCAUCUAUCUGAUAGCGAUAUGGAAGUGGUGGAGAAUCAGUACCUUCCCGCCAUCAAUAUCUCGUCCACGAGCGAGAUUGAAGAUAUUCUCCCCUGCUCGCCCUUACAGCAGGGUAUCUUGCUCACGCAGCUACAAUCGCCAUCAACCUACUGUAUCCGGCAGACGUGCCGGAUUCUGCCAUCCAACUCCCUCCAGCCUGUCAGCGCAGAACGGCUUCUAAAAGCAUGGAGUCAAGUUGUUGCGAGACACUCCAUUCUCCGCACUAUUCUUCUUGAGCCACUGGCAGGUCAAGAGAGAUUUAUCCAGAUUGUGCUCAAACAGCCAGAUAUCGCCAUUGUUCACAUGGACGGUAUAUUGGACAAUGCCGUCGCGGAGUGGCUCGCCUUGCAGCCCACACUUGAUCUUUCAGAUAUCCACCAUCCACCACACCGUCUAACCUGCCUAACAACAACUACUGGCGAGGUCUACUGCCGUCUCGACAUAAGCCAUACACUUGUGGAUGCCUCUUCAGUAGGAAUUAUACUCAGCGACCUUAUCAACGCCUACGAGGAUGCUUUGCCAGCUGAAGGUGGCUCCAAAUACAGUGCUUACGUUGCCUUCCUGGACGAGAGAAAUCCACAAGAUGACCUCGUGUAUUGGAAAGAGAUGCUGAGCACCGCCAACCCGUGUCUUGUACCUCCACAAGAGCCCCUGCACAGCAUCGAACACGCGCAGCUUGCGAGAGUUUCUACUCAGCUUGAAGAUCUUGCAACAAUCUAUCGUUUCCGCGAUGCGUACGGCGUUUCUAUCGCCAGUAUCUGUCAGCUCGCCUGGGCUCUAGUGCUUGCAAGGCAGAUUGGGUCGACCAAUGUGAGCUUUGGUAACAUCUCGAGCGGUCGUGAUGCACCUAUCCCUAAAGUAGAGGAGUUGGUUGGUCCUAUGAUAAACAUGCUUGUUUGUCAUGUUCAAUUAGAUUGGACUGCAAAGGUAUCUGACACAGCGCGUGAGCUGCAAAGACAGUCUGUCAAGGCCUUUGAUCAUCAGCAGACCUCCCUCGCAGCUAUCCAACAUGAACUGGGCCUUUCUAGGAACCAGCCGCUUUUCAACAGUACGCUUUCGUAUAAGCGGCAGCGAAUCUCCCCUAGCUUGAAGCAAGCCGGAAUCGUCGUUGACAGCUUGGGCUCUGAGGACCCAACAGAGUACGAUAUCAAUGUCAACAUCGAUGUGGCGGAAACUGGACUCGAACUAGCGAUUCAAUACUCGACCGCAGCCCAGUCAGCUUCAGCGGCUACGAGACUCGCCCAGAACCUAUACGCUACUGCUCAACGGAUCCCUGAAGAGCAGCGGGAAGAAGCACGAAUACGACUGAAGGAGGUGCAGCAGAGCUUAUCACAGCAGGUUAUGCACUACAUGGUCCCGAGCAUAUGGAUCCCUCUAGCUGCUGUGCCAGUAAACGCUUCUGGGAAGACCGAUCGCUCUACGCUCACUCGAUGGGUACAGUCCUUAUCACCAGACGAGGUUGCCGAACUCAAUAGCACGAACAGUGACACUGGAAAUGUGGACGAUCAGACAGCCACGCCCGUUGAACGACAACUACGGCGGAUAUGGAGCGAAGUUCUCAGCGUACCGCUCUCCAACAUAACACAUUCGGCCAAUUUUUUCAGUCUUGGUGGCGAUUCAAUUACAGCAAUGCAGGUCGUCUCUGCUAGCCGAGCUCGUGGCAUCCUCCUCAGUGUGCGCAAAGUCCUCGAAAGUCAAACAAUACCCCAGCUGGCAGCCAAAGCCCAGAUAGGCGGGGACACGGAUCACGCAGCACGACUGUCUAAUGGACCCUUCGCGCUAUCACCUAUUCAACAGAUGUACUUUAACGAUAUCGCCGCAGAUUCACUUCACGCUAAAGGCGAACACCGUUAUGUUCAAAGCGUCUCGCUGCGUAGUACUCGUCGAAUAGAGCGAUCAGCUUUAGUUGAGGCACUUGAUGUUGCUGUCACCAAACACGCCAUGCUCCGAGCUCGCUUCCGGCAUAGUCAGACAAAUGGCUGGGAGCAGUGGAUCGAGAAAGAGCUGACUGGAUCCUACCGUUUCAAUACGCAUGUCGCAGCUGACGCAGAGUCCAUGAACCGCACUAUCGCGCAGUCUCACGCUACGCUUGACCUUGAGUAUGGCCCAGUAUUCACAGUGGAUUUGUUCGAACGGAAAGAUAGACAAGUCCUCCAUUUGGCCGCCCACCAUCUUGUGAUUGACCUUGUAUCCUGGCGAAUACUUCUUCGAGAUGUGGAAGACCUUCUCGUCCACCAGAGGGUGCAAAACGCAACUAGCCUGGCAUUCCCAAUAUGGCUAGAGAGGCAACGCCGCUCGCUGAGCACACUGGAGAUCCCGAACACCUUGCACUUUGCGGUGCCGAAACCAAACUGGGAUUACUGGGGUCUUACACCCGGCCAAGCUACCUGGGGCAGUCUGACCAGCGUUCAGUCCAAGUGCGACUCUGAUACAACCUCACUCCUCUUUAGUAGCGCCAAUACUGCGCUCAAAACGGAGCCGUUGGAGAUCCUGCUUGCUGCUCUAUUUAUCUCCUUCAAGGAGAUCUUUGAAGACCGUCCUGUUCCCGCAGUCUUCACUGAAGGGCAUGGCCGCGAGGCUACUGAUGAUGAAACCGAUGUAUCGGAUACCGUUGGCUGGUUUACAACAAUGACUCCACUUCUCCCGGAGCUAGGCACGAACGGUGCUGUUCGCAUUGUCAGACAGGUGAAGGACCAGCGACGGCGCAUUCCCGGUCGUGGCGUACCGUACUUCGGUAGCCGCUUCCUAACUGCCCAUGGACAGGAAGCGUUUGCGCAUCACAGCCCAGCUGAAAUUGUCUUUAAUUACAUCGGACGAUUCCAACAAACAGAGCGAGACGACGCGCUGUUCCAUUUCAACAACGACGAUGACAAUACUGGUGCAGCGUCUGAAGUCGGUGAUCUAGUCAAGCUCUUUGCUGCGCUCGAUGUCUCCGUUACUGUCGAGGCCGAUGAAUUACUGAUCAACGUUCGUUUUAGCCAACAAGCGCGGCAUCAGACAGCUAUCCAGCAGUGGGCUCAAGCAUAUGUGAAUGUCAUAAGUACCUUGGUACACGAGCUGGUCAGGACAGCGCCAACAGCUACUGCUACUGAUUUCCCGCUUAUGAAUCUCUCCGACAAUGACAUGGCUGUUGUGGAGAGGAACUUCAUGCCUGCUAUCGGUCUCUCCUCCACUAACGAAAUUGAAGACAUUCUUCCUUGCUCGCCACUCCAGCAAGGCAUUCUGCUCACGCAACUCCAAUCGCCGUCAACAUACUGCAUUCAACAAACGUGUCGAGUUGUUGCAUCGAAAAGAUCUCUGCAGCCGGUGAACGCAGAGGAGCUCAUCAAAGCGUGGCAUCAGGUUAUUGCACGGCACUCAAUUCUUCGAACUAUCUUGCUAGAACCACUGCCAGGCCAAGAGAAAUUCGUCCAAAUCGUCCUCAGGGAGCCUAGUUGCCAAAUCGUCCAGGUAGACGGAAUAUCGGACGACGUCGUGGCGGACUGGCUAUCUUCGCAGCCGACACUCAACCUUUCAGACUUCCGCUCCCCACCACACCGCCUGAUUUGUCUGACGACGACCACGGGGAACGUCUACUGUCGCCUGGAUAUCAGCCAUUCCCUUGUAGACGCUUCCUCGCUAGCUCUGAUCAUCCGCGACCUCAUCGAUGCUUAUGGGGGCACGAUUCAGGGUGGCGGCUCCCAAUACAGUGCCUACAUCACCUUCCUUGAGGAACGAAAACCGCAGGACAACAUUUCGUACUGGAACACCCUGCUGAAAAAAGCCGAGUCGUGUAUUGUACCACUGCAAAACCCACCACAUGAAGCCAACAAUGCACAGCUUGCAAAGGUCUUCACACGGUUCGACGACCUGGCUAUACUCCAUCGUUUCCGAGAUACACAUGGUGUCUCAAUCGCCAGUAUAUGUCAACUCGCCUGGGCUCUGGUACUCGCCAGAUACACAGGAUCGAACAAUGUCAGCUUCGGCAAUUUGUCAAGUGGCCGUGACGCGCCUAUCCCGGGGGUAGAUGAGCUAGUGGGACCCAUGAUCAAUAUGCUCGUGUGCCACCUUCAGCUAAAUUGGAGUGCAAGUGUAUCAGAGACAGCACGCGAACUUCAACGCCAAUCUAUCGAAGCGUUUGAUCACCAGCAGGUAUCACUUGCGGCUAUCCAGCAUGAACUUGGUCUAUCUAGAAGCCAACCGCUAUUCAACAGUACCCUGUCAUACAAGCGGCAAUCCCCGACUAGUUCUGAUGAAACAGCGAUCACUAUCGAAGGUCUAGGUUGGGAGGAUCCGACGGAGUAUGACGUGAACGUUGGCGUCGACGUGACACCAGCACGACUUGAGAUCAAUAUACAAUACUCAACAGCGGUGCUCUCAGAAGCAGCAGCUGCGAGACUCGUCCAUAGUCUCAUACAAGCCGUCCGUGGCAUUUACGCGAAGCACGCUUAUGUCUCCAAGAAGGGACAGGUCCUAGUUGCUGUCAUCGAAUCCACCACAUCCGAUAGCAAUAUCGAGGAAGCUCCAAGACAUUCGAUAAUCACCCCCGACCCUGAGCAACAGAAACGCUUCGAGUCCCUCCAGACAUCUCUCCGCGACAGUCUGCCCAGGUACAUGAUACCCUCAGCGUUCCUGGCCAUCAACGCGUUUCCACUCAAUGACAGUGGUAAAAUGGACCGCCGAUCGGUUGGUAUCUUACUGGAGUCCAUACCAUCAGAAAAAUGGCUGGAAUACACAGCCAAGUCCCAGGUUUAUCAACCGCCUCUUGGCGCUAUGGAGCAACUACUCUCGGAAUUAUGGACGACCUGCAUUGGCCUCGAUAAUAUGGCUCUAUCACGGACGAACAGUUUCUUCGACCAUGGCGGCGAUUCUAUCACUGCGAUGGCCCUCAUUCAACAGCUACGGAAACGCGGAUUGCGACUUUCUGUACCCGAGAUUUUCAAUUACCCCGUCCUCUCUGAUAUGGCGAAAUGGAUCACUGCGGACAUUGACGAAAGCGCACAAUACAAGCCCUUCGCGCUUAUCUCACAGGAAGAACGAUCAAGCAUCCUUGAAAACGUGCUUUCUGAUACCUCGCUCGGACAAGAACUGGAUGUGCUCGACAUGCUGCCAACAACAGAUUUCCAGGCUCAAAUCAUCAGAGAGAACAUGGAACCCGAACGCAGGCAAUUGAACUAUUUCGCCUUUGACGCGGGCGGUCGUUGCGACCCGCACAAAUUGACACAGGCAGUUUCUGAGCUGGUCGUUAGAAUCGAGGCACUUCGGACUGGAUUCGCGAGAUCCAGCGGGCAGAAAUUCGUGCAAGUCGUCUACGCGAAAUGGCAACCAGAAGUCCGCAUUUUCCAGACCAAUGAAGGUCUUGAUAGCUUCUGUCAACGAUCACUAGAACAAGAUAUGUUCGCAGCGCCAACCCUUGCACGACCAAUGUUCGAUGUAGCCAUCGUCGUUGCCAAGGACCAACAUCGCAUUGUGUUCCGCAUCUCACACGCGCUUUACGAUGGAGCUACCUUGCACCAGGUGUGGUCAGAGUUGGAAGCCAUCUUUGCCGGAGAAGUCAAAGGCAUUUUCAUUCCUGUCGGAUCGUACUUCCAUAGUCUGCAAGCCAGGACAACACAAGAAACCGAAGACCACUGGCGCGAGCUUCUUUGCGGAGCUGUCAUUCCAAGCGUUAGUGGACGUACCGAACCGCGGGUCUCACGACUGGGUCUGCUUUUGAGCGAGCCGAUAAAACUGUCAAGAAGCGGCCAAUCAGACUUCACAGUCGCUGUAGCUGUCAAAGCGGCUUGGGCAAUAGUGUUGAGCCAGCACGUGGCAACUCACGAUGUCGUCUUUGCCGAAAUAUCUUCUGGACGGAGCACAGUGCAUCCUUCAGUCGCGGGCGUCGUCGCAUGCUGCGCAAGGGCGGUGCCAUGUCGUGUCGCAUACGAACCAGAGUGGACACUGCAGACACUGCUCGAACAAAUCAGGCAGCAGCAGAUCGACAGUAUGCAAAAUGAAAGCCUCGAAUUUCAGCAGAUCGCUCAGCGCUGUAUGGGCUGGUCACAAGCAGAGGCAGAAGAUCUACGCGUCAGCAUGGUGAAUCAUCAGAAGGCGUCAAAGCAAGACAUGUCGCUCGGUGCGACGGUCUACAGGAACGCUUUUGUCAGCCAAAAAGACCCCUACGCAUCUGUUGAUUUUGCCAUCGAGACUGUAGAGGAUGAACAUGGCGCCAUCUCUGCGAGCCUUGCAUUUGCUGUGGAUCGAAUUCCUGAUGAGCUCGCAAGAACACUGUUUGGCCGAUUCCAGGACACCUUGGCGACUAUCUUGGCCAAUCGACAUUGUAGUAGCAAUCACUCGAUCACGCAGAUAACGGACAUGGCGGCAAGUGGUAGGGCUCCGGCCAGCGAUUGA